UUUAUGGCCUCCUUCUCUCCAUCUUGUUCCUUACAUUUCUUACAUGUCUUGUUUCUCCUAAUUGAAUUUAUCAGUUGUUAGAAUUCGGCAAAGUUUUAGCGAUUGAUCAAAUUUCACAAGAAGAAUUGAAGUGUAUAUUUUAUAUUUAAUUGCGGAAUGUCUUUUGGUGAAACUAAGACGGUAACUCCAACUGAACCGAGUACGGAAACUGCAAGAAGGCGACGCAUGGAAAUUCACCAGUUUCGAUUUGUUGCCAGUGAUAUGGCAGUGGCUCCACCGAGUAGUAUGGAGAAUGGAAGGAAGAGACAGAGAUUGGAAAAAACUGUGUCCGUUAAAAGCUAUGAUAUUAAAGAGAAGCGAUCCAAGUUGGAAAGGAUUGUUUCCCUGCCACUAUCGCUGCCGUGUAGAAGUGAAAUUGAGUUGGGUGAAAAGAAGUUAGCAGAGAACAAAGAAACCGAAACGUACGCUUUGGAUUUGACGGAAUCUGCUUCAAUAUCGUCGAAUAUUGAACGCCAAGGGGUAUCCGAUUGUCCUAAGUUCGGGAUGACAUCUGUCUGUGGAAGGAGAAGAGAUAUGGAAGAUACUGUGUCGAUCUACCCUUCGUUUCUUCAGGAUAAACAUGAAAAGUCCAACAAAUUACAUUUCUUUGGUCUCUACGACGGCCACGGCUGCUCUCAUGCAGCGAUGAAAUGUAAAGAUAGAAUGCACGAGAUAGUGAAGAACGAGGUUGAAAGCCCAGGGGAAGCUACAUGGAAAGAGAUGAUGACGCGAAGCUUCACAAAAAUGGACAAAGAGGUCGUUGAAUAUUCGAAAGGAGCUGGAGGCACAGAGACUGCCGAUUGCAGAUGCGAACUUCAGACGCCGCAGUGCGAUGCCGUUGGAUCUACUGCUGUUGUGGCCGUUGUAACUCCAAACAAAAUCAUCGUGUCCAACUGCGGUGAUUCUCGCGCUGUGCUCUGCAGAAACGGCGUCGCAAUUCCUCUGUCCAUUGAUCACAAGCCUGAUCGACCCGAUGAACUCAAUCGGAUAGAAGAAGCUGGUGGUCGCGUCAUCUAUUGGGAUGGUCCGAGAGUUCUUGGAGUUUUGGCUAUGUCUCGAGCAAUCGGUGACAGUUAUUUAAAACCAUAUGUAACAUCUGAACCAGAGGUGACCAUAAAGGAGAGAACAGUAGAAGAUGAGUGCUUGAUAUUAGCGAGCGAUGGGCUAUGGGACGUUGUGUCAAACGAGACGGCAUGUGGUGUGGCUAGCAUGUGCUUGCGAUCUGGGCAGAGCUCAUCCGACCAGGCUUGCACUGAUGCGUCAAUCCUCCUGACUAGGCUGGCUUUGGCUAGGCACAGUUCGGAUAAUGUUAGCGUUGUCGUCGUUGAUUUGAAAAGAGGUCUAUAGGGGAUUAAAUAUAAGUUUUACAUGCGUAUAUAUGUAGUUUUGUUUUUCUUCUUUUGAGAAUCGAGCUAAUAUGAUAGUCAAGGUUUUUCCACGGUUGCUUCCUGGGAUGCAACUUUCAUAAAGAAGGGAAGCUGCUUGAGCUCGAGAGGUAUUUUACUGAGUAGGUGUCCUGGACUCUUCCGAAACAGAUCGCCAUCCUUCUGAUUUUUGCAGGCUUUGUUUGCUCUGCUCAAUCGGGUUACUUCAAUUUUUACACUCUUAUUUAUUGGAGAAAAAAAACUUCUCUAAUAAUUAAUUGUAAGUGCCAUUUUUAUUAAAUGAUUCUCAUCUUUUCUUUUGAA